UUAAUUUAUAUUUGAUGAGAAGAUUAGAUACAGACAAAUAAUAGAGUAACUGAGCAUACAAACGGAAAAACAACCUUAAAGAAAGAGAAAAUCACAAGCAAUACCUCAUACCUAAAAACUUUUGAGAAAGUCACGACAAAACUUGUUGUCAUCACUCCGCCAUAGCUCUUCAUUUGUUUUGAGGGAAUGACAUUCGGCUAUCAUUAUUGAUUUUAAAUAAAAUUACAUCAUCCACCAACAAAGACAAUUAAAAGCUUGGGGAAUAAUCGUUUCAGAGACAAGAGAAUCUAGAUUGAAAUCAAUUCUUGGCAAUCUCAUGAGCUACUGCAUUGGCUUUCCGUACAAAACUCCGUUGACACUUUGCUAAAAGUGAGAGAUAAGAACUUCUACUAUCAAGAAAAAUAGCCAAGUCGAUUGUGGCAGAAAAUCCAUCGCCGAGCAUUGUCUCAACGACCUGCAAGUUGUGUGAUUGAAUUAAGUUAUAUUAAAUUCCAACCAUUGAGCAAAGAACAAACCCUCUCGAAGUGCGUACGCUUCGGCCAUCAUCGAAUCCACCACAAAAAGAAUGUGCCGACAAAGCUGCCGCAACGAAUUUGGCACGGAAAUCUCUUGGGACAGCACCUGCACUUCCUAUUCCUUCGUCAUCACUGAACGCCGCAUCGACAUUCUUCUUCAGCAGGCCCAUGGCGGCAUGGCUUCGACAUUGCUGCUUUGCAUUGGCGUGUGAAGCCUCUAACCUCCGUUUUAAAAAGAGAUUCUAUAUAUUCGAGAGAGAAAAGAGAUCUCAAGAGAAAAGCGAGUAGGUAGGGAAGGUUGGUGAGGAGGCCGCGGGACUCCGACAGUUGGAGUUGGAGUCACCGGGCAUGGUUUAAACACGAAGAAAACACAGCUGGAGGCGCGCGGCUGGUUCGCGUCGCGUUGCUUUGCUGCAGUUGCGGGAGAAGGAACCCAGCCAGGAAGGGGAGGGGAGAGAGAGAGAGGGGGGGAAGCAGCGUCGCAGCCGCGCGCCCCGUCCCUCGAGCCGCGCCAUGCUGCCGCGCUCCCACUCCCACAACGCGCGGCGGCGCUCGGGCCUCGGCCCGCAGCUCUGCGCCGUCGCCGCCGCGCUCCUCCUGCUCCUCUCCCUCGCCGUCCUCCACUCCCGCCUCUCCUCCUCCUCCUCCUCGCCCUUCCCGCUCUCCGCCUCCUCCCGCUCCUCCGCCUCCGCCGCCGCCGCCGCCGCCAAUUCCACCGCCCUCCUCGCCGACGAGGACGACGCCGCCGCCGCCGCCGUGGCCGCCGCGCUCGACUCCGACCUCGCCCUCGCCGCCGCAACCACCGCCGCCGCCACCGACGGCGGCGCGGCUACCAACCCCGACGACGACCGCAUCGACGAGCUCGACGUGCUCGACGAGGACGAUCCCUCCGCCGUCGCAGACCCUGCCGACGAAGCCUCCGCCUCCGCCACCGCCGCGUCUCUCCUCUGGGACCACGCUGCCGGCGUCGCCCGCCUGCCCUUCCGCCUCCCCGCCGCUGGCGACCCCCUGCCCAAGGGGCUGCCCCACUUGGACGCCCCACGUCGGAUCGCGGCCGCCGCCUUUGGAUCCGACGACGAGCCUGUGGAUCUGGACCUGCGGAUGGAGAUCUCGUCCAUCGGCGGUGUUGAGGACGCGCUACUCCUCAAGCCCGCUUCCGGCCGUAGCGAGACGCGGCUCCGCUCCGGUUGGGCGCGGUGGCUGGAGGGGAAGGCAGACUACCUCCGGCGCGAUCGGAUGCUGCGGUCCAAUUUGGAGUUACUCAAUCCUCGCAACCACCCUCUGCUCCAAGACCCGGACAGUCCCGGCCUCACUUCACUCACCCGCGGUGACCGCAUGGUGCAGCGGAUGCUCCUGGCAGAGAUUGAGAAAGACACGUCCAAGAAUUCUCGGCGGCGGAUCCUCCAGUCGUCUGACAAUGACCAUGGGACGGGAGCCGCUGUGAAGGAGGAGCCGGAAGAGGAUAGGAGGUGGGGAUACUUUCCAGGGAUCGAUCCACAUUUGGGGUUCUCAGAGUUCAUGGAGAGGUUCUUUGAGUAUGGGAAGUGCUCCAUGAGGGUGUUCAUGGUGUGGAACAGCCCUCAGUGGGCAUACGGUGUUCGGCACCAGCGUGGCCUGGAGAGCCUGCUCUUGCAUCACCCUGACGCUUGCGUGGUCAUGCUGUCGGAGACGCUGGAGCUGGAGGAGUCCUUCCAGGAGUUUGUGAAGGAAGGAUACAAAGUUGCAGUUGCAGUGCCAAAUCUUGAUGAACUUUUGGAGGGCACUCCAGCCCACAUUUUUGCAUCAGUGUGGUAUGAAUGGCGGAAAACGAUACAUUACCCCUUGCAUUACAGUGAGCUAGUACGCCUUUCUGCUCUUUACAGAUAUGGUGGAAUAUACCUUGACUCUGAUGUUAUUGUACUCAAACCUUUGAAAUCUCUCCAGAAUUGUAUUGGCACUGUUAAACAAGUUUCUAGAGAUUCCAGCUUCAGUGGUGCUGUAUUAGUACUUGAAAAACAGAGCCCAUUCUUGGUGGAGUGCCUGAAUGAAUUUUAUUCAACAUAUGAUGAUACUCUCCUGCAGUGGAACGGCGCUGAACUUAUGACGAGAGUAAUAAGAAAUCAUUCUGACAGUGAUCAAGACCGGGGACAUCUUGCGAUAAAGUUGGAACCCUCGGUUAUAUUUUACCCUAUAAAUUCUACAGAUAUCACGAGGUACUUCUCAGUACCAGACAACGAGGUUGAAAGGGCACAACACGAUGCUUUGUUUUCCAGGAUUGUGAAUGACUCCACCACUUUCCACCUCUGGAACAGCAUUACAUCUUCGCUGGUUCCUGAAUCCAACAGUCUUGUUGAGAGAAUCCUCAAUCGAUACUGUCUCCAUUGCCUUGAUGUUCUAUAGUUGGUAGCAAACUUGAACUCCUGAAGUUUCCACGAUGAGCUUCAUUUUGGUUUAGGAUACGUAUACAGAAGAAAUUCACAAAUUUAUGUAGUGGGUGCAAAAUAUGGCCUGUAGAUUGAAAUUUGUUGAAAUAUUGUAACGGGGGGAAAUAUGGUGGCAUUGUAGAUAGUAUAUUCUUUUCAACAGGCUUUCGGUGAGUGGUGGUACAAGCAAGUGAACCUGUUUGACUGACUGUUUUGUUUUUGUCACUGCUGCUAGCAAAUGUGCUUACCACAGAUAUUGAAUGCAAUAACUUAGCAUUUGAAAUUGAGAGGUUUGGGUAAAUAAAUAGUUAUAUUGUACCUU